CCAUCAUCACCAGUGGCUCACCGGUGGGUUUCAAUUCCAGAAAAGUGCCUCGCCUCGGGGUGAUUCCUCGUUACGCGAUGAAUGAGUCAGAAAUGAAGUAGUUCGAAGUGCCAGGGUUUAAUAUGGUACAUGCAAUUAAUGCGUGGGAAGAAAACGACGGUGACACAAUAGUAGUGAUUGCUCCAAACUUAAUAUCAGCAGAGCACCUUUCGAAAAUGGAUUUGAUCCAUGCAUCAAUUGAAAAAGUAAAGAUAGAUUUGAAGACAGGUACUGUAAGUAGAAAUCCAAUGUCGACGAGGAGUCUUGAGUUGGCAGGUAUCAACCCGACUUAUGUUGGGAAGAAGAACAAGUACAUAGAUGCAGCUAUUGGAGACCCUUGGCCAAAAGCAAAAGGUGUGGUGAAAUUGGACGUAUCCAUAUCAGAAAUUGAACAUCGUGAUUGCAUAGUGGCCACAAGAAUUUUUGGACCAAACUAUUUCUGUAGUGAGCCCUUCUUUGUGGAAAAGGACCCUAACAAUAUAUUUGUCGCCGAUGAAGAUGAUGGCUAUGUGGUGUGUUACAUGCACAAUGAGAGCACAAGAGAAGCAAGUUUCUAGGUGAUGGAUGCAAAAUCUCAUGAUCUUGAAAUUGUGGCUGUUGUGAAAUUGCCUCGUCGUGUGCCUUAUGGUUUUCAUGGGAUAUUCGUGAAGGAAAGUGAUUUUAACAUGCUAUAGGAUAGAUAGUGCCUGGUAAACUCGAAUAUUUGUGACCCUAGAGGCUCGGGCUUGUUCAGUACAAGUUUGAACUUUAAAAACUCAAGUUCAAACUUUUGUUUGUGUAGCUUGAUUCUUGAGAAGUGUUGGUACUUGAAGCUAAGUUAUAGUUUGUAUACACUCGUGUCUAAUCAUCAACUAUGUUUCAAUCUCGAGUA